UCUUCCAACGCUUCGCUCACUUCUUACCGAGUCACCACCGUCACGGUCACGUCGAAUUGUUAGUCGACCGCUAUCGGUACGUGCGGACAAAGGUGCACGGUGUCGUGCGUAAUCUACGGUAAAUCGUGACGAAGCGAUCUCGCUCGUUCGCUCGCUUGGCAGCGGCGGCGGCGGCGGUGGCGGCGGCGGCAGUGGCGGUGUCGGCAGCCCGUGUGCGAGAAAGUCCCACCCGUCAUUCGGACUGAGCUCUGUGGCUGCUGCUCGCCGCUGGUAAUCGACGACGUAGUGUGGCGAAGAGCACGUGCGUAUGUAAAUUGUCUGUUCAUUCGCACGCACAUACGUCAGUACGCACCCCACUUGUACCUGAGAGACGCGCGUCUAGUGACGCCGCAUCUAUCGCGAGCUGAUCGGGCUGCAAGCGUGUGUGCCGAGGUGGAGGAGAUACCUGCGUCAUCGGCGUGUAUCAUCGGCGAGAUCGAUCGUAACGACAAAACAUGUUCAUGUCGUCGUCGUCGCCGUCGCCGUCGCUGCUACCUUUUCGUGCGUCUCGCUCUCCGCUCUUGUCACACGUCCAGUGAUUUCUCUCAACGCUAGAUUGCCCGCGAUCUGGCGAGCCGGCUCUCAUUUUAAUGGAUGGAGAGGAAGAUUGUCGGCGAAAGAAAGGAGCUCAGGGCAGCUCCCACCAGUCUCAGAGCAAUGUGUCAAAUUCGUUAUCCGUAUCAGGGGAAGAAGCGGAUUGGGAGGGUGCACUCAGCACAGAGAAGCACGGCGACCUCGGGGACAUGACGUUCUGUAUGGCCAAUUAUGUGAAGGAAGCCAUGAAGAUGAUGUUCAUGAUGCGCAGCCAUCAUAUGCUGACUGAUGUGAUAUUGGAAGUUGGUAGUGAACUAUUCCACGCGCAUAAAGUUAUUUUAGCAGCUGCUAGUCCCUACUUUAAGGCAAUGUUCACUGGAGGAUUGAAGGAGUGCGAAAUGACAAGGGUGAAACUCCAAGGGGUUUGCCCAACCGCAAUGGCUCGCUUAAUGUACUUUAUGUAUACUGGACAAAUAAGAGUUACUGAGAUUACUGUGUGUUCCCUGCUAUCAGCAGCUACUAUGUUCCAAGUUACCAAUGUGAUAGACGCGUGCUGCGUUUUCCUAGAAAGACAGUUAGAUCCCACGAAUGCGAUCGGCAUCGCGAAUUUCGCCGAGCAGCAUGGCUGCCAGGAUUUGUAUCACAAGGCGAACCAAUUCAUUGUCCAGCAUUUUAACCAAAUAUGCCAAGAGGAGGAGUUCCUGCAGCUGUCUGCUAUCCAGCUGGUGUCGCUUGUUAGGAAAGACGAGCUGAAUGUGCAGGAGGAACGGGAGGUGUACAACGCCGUGCUCAAGUGGGUCAAAUACAACGAGGAGGCGAGGCGGCCGAAAAUGGAGCACAUAUUGCACGCGGUGCGCUGCCAGUAUCUCACGCCGAACUUUCUGCGGGAGCAGAUGAAGAAUUGCGACGUCCUGAAGAAGGUGCCGGCCUGCCGCGAGUACCUCGCACAGAUCUUCAAGGACCUGACGUUACACAAAAAGCCAGUGGUGAAAGAACGUACGCCCAAUACACCACGCGUGAUAUACAUCGCCGGCGGUUUCCUCAAGCAUUCGCUCGACGUGCUGGAGGGCUACAACGCCGACGACAAGACGUGGACGCAACACGCGAAGCUGAUUGUUCCCAGGUCCGGCCUGGGCGGUGCGUUCCUCAAGGGCAUGUUCUACGCUGUCGGCGGCAGAAACAAUUCACCAGGAAGCAGGUACGACAGCGACUGGGUCGACAGGUAUAAUCCGGUGACGGAUCAGUGGCGACCGUGCAGCCCGAUGUCAGUGCCAAGGAACAGGGUCGGCGUCGCUGUGAUGGACGGGCUAUUGUACGCCGUAGGUGGUAGCGCGGGUGCUGAAUAUCAUAACAGCGUCGAAUGCUACGACCCGGAUCAGGAUACGUGGACUAGUGUCAAGCCUAUGCACAUAAAGAGAUUGGGUGUGGUAGUGGCGGUAGUGAACAGAUUACUGUACGCGAUCGGCGGCUUCGACGGCAAGGAGCGGCUCAGCUCGGUGGAGUGUUACCAUCCCGAGAACGACGAGUGGACAAUGGUGUCGCCUAUGAAGUGCAGUCGCUCGGGCGCCGGAGUAGCCAGUCUAAGCCAAUACAUAUACGUUAUAGGGGGAUAUGAUGGGAACUCGCAAUUGAACUCGGUGGAGAGAUACGACACUGAACGCGAUAUUUGGGAAUAUGUCAGUAACGUCAGCAUCGCCCGCAGCGCGCUCAGCGUCACUGUUCUCGAUGGCAAGCUGUACGCAAUGGGAGGAUACGACGGUACGACAUUCUUAAACAUAGUGGAAAUUUACGAUCCCGCCAAGGACCAGUGGAUCCAAGGUGUACCUAUGACAUCCGGGAGGUCUGGUCACGCCAGCGCGGUGUCGUAUUAUCAGUGUCCUAUGCAUUGUGAUCAUUUGGAUCACAACAUCACGUUGGAGAGGCCGCCGUCGUGAUAUGGGUGAUUCUUUUUCUUGAACAACGCUCGCGAGUAACGACGGCCGAAUAAUGAUACGUUAGUCCUCCAUUUCGCUACGGAGGUGUGUACAAAGUGAAGAGACGGAACUGUGUAAUAAUGGCAGGGGAUACGAGACAUAGGUCGGGACGAUCAUAAAAGGCAAUCAACGUUUGCGUGGAGAAUUCGACUGAGAAAUGUAUUUACAUAGUGUAUAUAUACUAGACGGCACGACGUGUGUCGUCAAGUUGGACCAAGUCUGAAAAUUGCGACUAGCUGGCGAAAAACGUACUCUCGAAAGAAAGGUGAUGUGAACUUCUUUUUCUUUACCGCGACAUUUCGACUUACCGAAGGACCAAUUCGCCGUAUCUUUUAGGAUAGAUCAGACUGUAAUAUGUUUUUAUAGAUUCGUCGCUCUUCGAUCGCAAACGAAUCUGUAAA